AUGAUUCCUGCAUACUGUUACACUGAACAAUUCAGCAACAACAUGGAAAAUUACGAAAACGAAGGCACUCAUUGGUUUGGCAUAUUUUUUGCCUUUGUCUCUGGUAUAUUCUUUACCAUCAGUUCAGCAUUUGUGAAAGGCAUCAAAAGUGUGGACCCUAUGAUAUUAUUGUCUUUACGAGCAAUCGUGCAAAUUAUAGUGAUGCUAAUUGUUGUGUGCAAAGAAUCAAAGAAUAUUUUAGGACCUAGAGAUUACAGACUGUUAAAUCAAUUUCAGGGUAUAGUUGGGGGCAUGACCUUGACGUUGAUGUUUUACAGCUUUAGAAAACUGCCCUUGGGAGACGCGACAACGAUCAUUUUUAGCUCUCCAGUGAUCGUAAUAAUUUUAUCCUUUGUGUUUCUAAAAGAACCUUGCGGAGUUUUACGCAUCACGGUCAUGUGCGCGCUCGUCGCUGGCGUGGUUCUUGUAGCACGGCCGCCUUUUUUGUUUGAGAUGCACAGAGAUCAACCCUAUGAUAUAGUUGGAUAUGUAUGCGCGCUUUUGGCCACUUGGUUCAAUGCUAUAAACAUAGUGAUGAUGAGAAAGUGUUCACCGAUACAUUACUCAAUUCUAGUCCUCAGUUUGUCAUUCUGCGAUUGGUUUACUUGGGAAAUGAUAAUGAUGGUUGUAGUCACAGGACUAGUGGGACAAGUAUUAGUAGCCAAAGCCUUGAAGAUUGAAGGUGCUGGAAAAGUAUCAAUGACCAGAUCACUUGAUUUAGUACUGGCAUAUAUUAUUCAAAUUUACUUUUUUGAAGAUAUACCAUCAAAUACAAGUAUCUUGGGUGCUGUGCUAAUUUUCAUCAGUGUCAUUUGUAUGGCAUUUGAAAGAGAAGUUUAUGGAAUCUGUGAUUUUAUACCAUAA